AUGAGCGAAAAGGGAACCGCCAACUCUGCGACAACCAUAAUUAUCUGGAUACUCAGCAUCGUCGAAAAGAUCUUCGCUUGCAUCCUCCUUAAUCGUCUUAACAGUCAUCUGGAACAAGGACUCCUGCCGGAAAGCCAGUGUGGUUUCUACUGUCGUUGUAGCACCACCGACAUGAUGUUCGCCGCCCCCCAACUGCAGGAGAAGUGUCAGAAAAUGCUGAUCCAUCUUUAGUCCACUUUCGUGCAUCCGAUGAAGGCCUUCAGCAUAGUGACUCGCGAAUAACUGGAAAAACAUGCAGAAAUUCGGCUGUCCCAAUGGUGCGUCACGGACAAUGAGACCAUCUCAGGGCUAUUCGCAGUGACGAACGGAAUGAAGCAGGGCUGUGUCCUCGCGCCUUACCCUCUUCAGUCUCAUAUUCUCUGCCAUGUUAAUGGACGCCUGCUGUGACGAACGUCCCGGGAUCCGCGUCGCCUACACGACGGACGGCCACCUCCUCAAUCAACGGCGGAUGCACUUCCAGUCGCGGGUGUCCACAACUACCGUCCAUGGGCUUCUCUUCGCCAACGAUUACACCCUCAACGUAACCACAGAAGGGUACAUGCGGAGGAUCAUGGAUCUCUUCGCGGCCGCCUGA